AUGGAGACACUUGCUUUGGCUCUUUCCAAUACCAACGACAGCAAUAUGGCGGCUGCUCCUGCCGAGGUUUCGCCUUUCGACUACGACCCGUGCUUGCAAAAAUACAAAGUCACAGAGCGAGAAUAUUUGCAGCAAAAUCCCGAGUUCCAAGCUGUGUGCACGGGGACUGUGGUCUUCAACGAGAAGGGAGAGCUGCUUCUCGUCAAGCGGGCAUCGUCCGAAUCGGCUUUUCCAGACUUUUGGGAGAUUCCUGGCGGAAAAGUCGAUGAGCCCGAUGAGUCACUCCUCCAUGCUGCGGUGCGCGAAUUGAAGGAAGAGACUGGACUCGUAGCAGCACGAAUCGUCCGUCAGACGACUCACAUGACAUUCGAGAUCCCUAGGACUCAAGGCAGGAUCGAGCGUUGGAUGAAGCUAGUUUUCGAGAUGGAGGUCAAGCAACUAGACAUUGACUUGGAUCCGAAGGAGCACGAUGAUUACCUCUUUGCAACAGAAGAUGAAAUCGUCCACGAGCGGAUUGGAGAUAUCGUGCUAAAGUAUAUCAGCCCCGACAACAAGCGGGUGAAGCUUGAUGCUUUUAAGCGGCGAAGAGGGGUAGCCUCAUUAUAG